AUGGAGCAGCCAAUCGGUGUGCUUAUGAUAGGCGCUGGCGAGUACACCGUAGGGUUUGUACCGACCAAGGAGGGAGCUGCGAGCGACAAGUCUGUAGGAGUCAUCGCCAUCACAUUGAUGGACCUCCGCCGUCUGGGUAAAGUGCAGCGGCUGCUGCUGUGUGACCGCUCCGGGCGGCACUUCCCCGCGAUAAGGGAGACGCUGCAGAGGAAGAUUGCAGACGUGUACCGAGACAUGGAUGUGACUCUCGAGACUUAUCCUCCAGACGAUGUGCAGGAGGAUGAGGCAGCAUACCUAGCAGCAAUGGCGCGCAUGCAUCCAGGAGACAUGGUCACCAUCUUCACUCCAGACAACACGCACUACCCCAUCGCCCUCGCAGCUAUUCAACACGGGCUGCAUGUGCUUGUAGCGAAGCCAGCAGUGAAGACCCUCCAACACCACCACCACCUCGUGCAAGCAGCAGAAGAAAAGGGUGUGCUGGUGGCCGUUGAGUUUCACAAGCGGUUUGACCCCAUUUACACAGAUGCGCGCGACCGCAUCAGGGGUCUGGGUCCUUUUGCCUUCUUCGUCAGCACCAUGACUCAGCCAAAGAAGCAGCUGCACACGUUUGCAGGCUGGGCUGGCAAGAGUUCAGACAUCUCCUUCUACCUCAACUCGCACCACAUAGAUUUCCACGCGUGGGCAGUGCAGGGGCAGUCGCGGCCAGUGGUGGUGGUGGCGAGUGCAGCGAGGGGGAAGGCCACCCAAGUGCUGCACGAGGCACGGGGAGAUGCAGCUGCUGGGGCGGUGGAUGUGGAGGAUGCAAUCACCCUCAUGGUUCAGUGGGAGAACGAGGGCAGCUCAUGUGGCACCGCAGUGUACACUGCAAGCUGGAUUGCCCCUCCUUCUGACUGCCACACGCAGCAGUACUUUCACUACAUGGGCCACCAGGGUGAGGUGCGAGUGGAUCAGGCUCAUAGAGGAUUCACCAUGUCAACUGAUGCAGCUGGCUUUGCUACACUCAACCCACUGUACAUGAAGGAGUCGCACAUCGUCGCACACCGAUCCUCCUCCUUCACCGCGCUGCGAUCGCUCAACAAGACGUUGAAGGCGCAACGUCUCUCCGCGUCGAGCGCGUCUCCCGCACCCACCAGGUCGUCCUCCAUGAAUAACGACAAACGAAGCCUGCCAGGGAAGAGGAAAGCAAUGAUGGUUCUCUUCCUGGCUGCCGUCUCGAUCUCCACCAUUUUCGUCGUCAAGGAUCUCAGAUUCUCCGGCCAGCCGCAGCAACCCCAAGUGGAACCGACAAAGAGGAUCAACCCUCUCGAUCCUGUUCUCCCCCCGUCGCAUCCCUGCGCCAAUUUCACCCUCCCACCGCCUUCCACCGACAGGAAGCGCACUGGUCCUAGACCCUGCCCCGUGUGCUACCUGCCGCUACCAGACGCCAUGGGCAUGCGCCCUUCACGGGGCCACACGGAGGAGCCGAUUCUGAAGCACCUGGCGUACGUCACCGAGGACGACGCCAGUGAGCGCGCCGCCAGGCGGGCGGGCAACCGGCCGCGGUUCAAUGGGCACCAGUCGCUGCAGCAGCGGGAGGACUCGUUUAAGAUCCAAGAGAGCAUGCGCGUGCACUGCGGCUUUGUCUGGGGCGGCAAGGUGGGCAACGGCACGGGAUUUGACGUGUCGGACGAUGACAGGCGGUUCAUGGAGCGCUGCUAUGACAUUGUGGUCGUAUCGGCUAUCUUUGGCGCGUAUGAUGUGGUGCAGCAACCAAGUAACAUCAGCGAGGAGGCGAGGCAGCAGCUGUGCUUCGUGAUGUUUGUGGAUGAGACGACCUUCAACGAGUUCAUUCGAGACGGCACUCUCAAGCAGCCGCGUACGCGGCGAGUGGGCUUGUGGCGCCUCGUGGUUGUGCACAACCCGCCCUACAGGGACCCCAGACGGACCGGCAAGAUUCCCAAGCUGUUGAUUCACCGCCUCUUCCCCAACGUGCAGUUCUCCAUGUGGGUGGAUGCCAAGCUGCAGCUCGUGCAAGACCCCUACAUGAUCCUCGAGAGGUUUCUGUGGCGGGGCAACUUCUCGUGGGCAAUAUCGAAGCACUACAAGCGGUUUGACGUGUUCGUGGAGGCGGAGGCGAACAAGGCGGCGGGGAAGUACCGCAACGCGAGCAUUGACGAGCAGAUGAAGGUUUACCGCAGCGACGGCAUGACUCCUUUUUCAGAGGACAAGAUGCCGAUUAUUAGCGACGUGCCCGAGGGGUGUGUGAUCAUGCGCGAGCACACGGCUCUCAGCAAUCUCAUGGCGUGCCUCUGGUUCAACGAGGUUGAUCGCUUCACGUCCCGCGACCAGCUGAGUUUCGGGUACACGAGGGACAAGAUCUGUCGCAGCGUGCCUGCCUGGCGCCUCAACAUGUUCCUCGACUGCGAGCGCCGCAACUUUGUCGUUCAG